GUAGCAAGCAAGAAUAGUGGAAGUGAAUCUUUAUACAUCCGUCGAUUAGUAGUAUUUUUUCAUUGAAUUCUGAAGAUUCGUCAUCAGUGAAAAAUAAAAUAUCUAGAGUGAUUGGCAAGCAACGUCAUAUAGGAAGUCUCUAUUCUGUAGAAGUUAUUUUGGCGAAAUAGACGACGUCAGAACUAUUUUAUGCUACAUCGUCGUCGGUUUGCAAAGACACCGCCAUCUUUGAUUAGACCCACAAAUACGGGAGCGGUAGCUCGCUUCUAACGGGAUAAAUAUAAAAGGAAAAGAAAAUCGGAACACCAGCGCAGCACGCUCAGCCAUCAUGAAUUCGAUCAGCAAAAUCCACUUCAACAGUUCGACCGGUGUUUCGCUGAACGACCGCUUCACCAUCAUGUCCAAAGUGAGCCCAUCCGACAAGAUCAAGCUCAGCAGCAGCCUGCUCAAUGGGGGCGCCCUGCGCUUCAACCAGCAGCGCUCCAACUCGGUCGAUUCGCUCUCGAACCGCGGCUCGCUGGUCAACCGGCAGCUACUGCACCAGCUGGACCGGCGUCAUCUCGGGCAAAAUUCGCCGUUUCGUUUGAGAAAUAGAAACAUUCGUUCCGGCCGGCAGCGACUUAACCGGAGCAAUCUGACCUCGCGCACUAAUCUACGACGAGUUGCUGGUAAUACGCUCUCACUGGUUGGCGGAUCCAGACGGUUGCAGCGCUCGAACAGCCUGUCGGAUGUUGCUACAAUGAAUGCCGACUAUUUCGAACGUCAGUCGCUCAGCCGUUCAAAUUCGCAGCAGAACAUCGUUUCCCGUUUGGGAAACAACAGUAGAACCCCACGCAGCCGGUCUCGUGGUCCUAACCGCCAGUCACAGCGUACGAACUCGUCCGCUAAUUUGCGCGGCCGUUCGAGAUCCCGUGGAGCACGGGACAGUUCCAAUCCUCGAUCGCGUUCACGUCCCCGAAUGUCACGUUCGCGGUCCCGCCUGCCACCAGCGGCGGCACGAGCCAGAUCUCGCAGCAACAAUAAUGGCAUGAAUGGUGGUGGCAACAACAUCGAGAAUCGUCUAGGCCGCGGUCGUCCGCGUGGUCGCUCCAGUGUUAGACGUGGCCGUGGAAAUGGUAACUAUUCCCGAGCCAAUUCCCGUUCGAAUACACGCACGGGAAGCGUAAAUGGACGGUUGGGCUUGAACCGCACCGGUCGGCCAAUAGCAAACGGUUUUCGUGGUGGACGCGGACGCAUCGGUAAACGCGGAAUGCGUCGCGGAGGAGCUACGUACGGCCAAAACGGCAGGACCGGAGGAAUGCCCGGACGAAACCCGCAGAGAGGAGCCCGGGGUGGACCAGCCGGUGGAAUGCCACCGCGUCGGGGACGUUCCCGUUCCCGGGGACGGGCGGCGUCGCAGAACCGCGCCCGUAGUGGCCAACGCGGUCGCAAUGCUUCACAAGGACGGCGCGCAUCGGCACCGACCAAGAGCAAGGAAGAACUCGACAAGGAACUGGAUCAGUACAUGGCCAACACGAAGUCUUCGCUGGACAAGGAAAUGGACGAGUACAUGAACGGCAUUCAGAGCAAAUUUCUGUAGGAUUUGAUCCCCAACCACAAGCCUACCCCCUGGCGUGUCGAGUCGGCGCAUCGAGUCGAAUGCUGUUGCUGUAGCCGUUGGCGAUUUGCUUUUCCAAGCUGAUUUUGAGAAAAAUGCAAAAACUCAUGUAUAUCCUUAAUUAAUCGUAAAGUAAGUUACUAAUUCUAGCAGAUAAGGAUUUUUUUUCUCUAUUCAGAAAAAAAUAGACUUGAUAACUGAGUUUUAAGAAUUUCUAACAAUUUAUCAGCAAAACCAGGUCGUAAAUUUCAAAUGUAUAUACAAUAUACUACAACCUACUACAAACUGAGUAAAGAAAUAAACUGU